UUAGAGAUAAAAACUAACUUUCUUUUCACUAAAUAACAAGAUAAGCAAAUAGAAGGAUAAAGAAAAAUCAAUAACUAUUUCAUAUUAAAAGUUUAAGCUAGGUUAAUGUUUGGCAUAUUUAAGAAAGAAGGAUGCAAUUUAUAGCUCUUUACGCUUAAGAUAGGUUCUCAGGGAUUUCUUAUUGAAGCAAAGAAAACAAUUACUAAUAUUGAAUCAAAGAUACUUAUCGGCUUCGAUGGAAAAAUACAAGAGUUUAAUUGGGAUGAGAAAAUAAACUUUUAGAAGAAUAGUUAGGUUUUAAUGUCUGCAUUUUUAGGGAUAAUUAAUAUACUCAAUUAAAAUUUUCUAGUGUUUGUAGAAGAAGUUGAUCAAAUAUGUGUCAUAGAUGAAUAUUAGAUUUUUGAGUGCAAGAAAGUGGAGUUAAUCCAUAUGAGUUAUAACAAGAUGGAGUUAAGCAAGGAAAUAAAAUCAUAUAUAGAGAGAAUUGAAAAGAUUCUUAGUUUCGGUCACUAUUUCGCAUUUAAUUAUCCACUAAGCUUAAGUUUAUAAAAGUAAGAAGAAAUAAAGCAUAAAAGUCCUUUAAUUUCAUUAGCAAGUCAUUUUGAACCUCAGUAUUUUUGGAAUCACUCCAUGAUGAAGCCUCUUAUAAAUUAAAACAUUUCCUUUUAGUGGCACUUGCAGCUCAUUUAAGGAUAUGUUAAAAAUUUUUAGUGCCAAAUUGAUAAAAACAUUAUUGUUAAUUAUUAUUUGAUUUCACGUAGAUCUAUCUUUAGAAGUGGAACUCGUUGUAAUCAUAGAGGUGUUGAUACUGAUGGAAAUACAGCUAAUUUUGUUGAGCAUGAGUCUAUCUAUAUUUUUAAUAAAGGAGAGAAAAUAACAUCUCAUAUUUAGAUUAGAGGCUCACUGCCAAUUUUAUGGGAAUAAGAAGGUUUGAAAGGAAAAAUAAGAUUGGCUGGCGGUGAACACUUGAGUUUGCAAUCAUUUAAAAAACAUUUUUCUGAUAUCACAUAAAAAUAUGGCAAAAUAUUUUCAGUAAGUUUAAUGGCUGAAGGGCGUUCUGGUGAGAAGUUAUUAACAGGGACAUUUAAACAGCAUUAUGAUUUAGCUAAAGAAUUUCAUAUGCUAGUACAAUAUGAUACAUUUGAUAUAAAACAUCAUUGCAAAGGAGGAAAAUAUGAAAACAUUAACCCAUAUAUAAUUAAAAAUCUAACCCCAAUAUAAAGAUAGUAUUCCUAUCUACUUCUUAAUACACCAUAGUUCUAAAAAGGAGUUAUAAGGACAAAUUGCAAAUCUUCCUUGGAUAGAACAAAUAUAUUUUAAUCUAAAAUUGAAUUAAAUACAUUAUAGUUGAUGCUUAAAGAUCUAUAUGGAUACGACUUUUUUUAAGUUUAUAAAUAAGAUGCUUUAGAUAUGAUGGAAAAUUAAAAGUAAUGCAUUCAGUUUGUUAAACAAUUUAAAAUAUUAUGGUCAUAAAAUGGUGAUAAUAUCUCUUAGCAUUAUGCAGGAACUAAUGCCUUAACUUCACAUGCAACUAAGACAGGAUCUGGAGGCUUGUUUGGAAAGUUGAGAGGAAAACUAAGUAGUAUAAAAAGGCUAUAUGAAGGCACAUUUUAAGAUUCUCAUAAAUAAGAGGCAAUCGAUCUCAUACUAGGAAGACAUGUUGAUUCUUAAAAAUCAUUGAAGUUUGAAUAGGAACUAAAGGAAGAAGCUUUUAGAAGAGAAAGCUAGUUUUUAUUAAAGAAAUAAAUAUCAGUUUAUAUUACAACCUGGAAUAUCAAAAAGUUCUUACCUAAAAAUACUCAGUUUAGCUUAAAAGGUUUAUUUGACUUCUAAAGUUAUAAAGCUCCUGAUAUUUUAGUUCUCUGUUUUUAAAAAAAACCUGAAUAUAAAAUAGAAAACCUUGAUUAAAAUUGCUAAGAUAAAACUGAGAGAUAAUUUUGGAUCUAGCUCAUUUAAUAUAAUAUUUUUAGCUUGGAUUUACCAGAGUAUGUCGAAGUAGAUUUUCAUAGUUCAGGUGGAUUAAUGACUGUCAUUUUAGCUUAAAAAAGUAUUAUUGAAGAUAUAACAGCUGUAGAACAUGACGAUAUUGUAUCUACUUCUGUGGGAAAAGGAACUGUAGUUAUUAAAUUAAGUGUUUGUAAUACAAAAUUAUGCUUUAUAAAUGCUCAUCUCUAGCCAGGAUAGAAUAAAACAUAGGAGCGCUUUUAGUAAAUUGGAGAAAUCCAUUAAAGAGCAUUUUAAAAAGAAGGAAUGUCAAAGUAUAAGAGAGAGAAAAUCGAAAAAGCAGAUAAAAUCUUUCUUGCGGGAAACUUAAACUUUAGAGUGAAUUUAGAUUGUAAUGAAAGUUUAAGAUUGUUAAGCAAAUUGACAGAUUCAAAUAUUUAGCCAGAAAAAUUUCAUGCUAUUUUUUAACAGUAUUUAGGAAACGAUUAACUUAUUCAGUUUAAAAAAGGUAUAGUUUGUAAUUACUAAGAAGCUGGUAUCACAUUCCUUCCCACUUACAAAUAUACUGUGGGAUAAAAUAAAUAUGACACUUAGAAAGAAAAGGUUCAUAGUUGGUGUGAUAGAAUCUUAAUGUGGAAUAACGAAAAUAAUCAUGUCAUGAAAAAGCAAUAAGAAUAAUAAGAUAUAGAAAUAGAAUCUUAGUUUUUACCUUUCAAUGCUUUGAUAGGUAAUUAAAAACAACAAAAAACAUAUAGAGAAGGUCUUCCACUUUUUUACAAAAGAAAAGAAGUAGAAAUCAGUGAUCAUAAACCUGUUUGCUGCUACUAUAUUAUUACAGUUAAAGAAGAAGAUGCUUAAAAAAAAGAUAAAAUAUUUAAGGAUUUAGUAAGUAAAAGAAAGUGCGAUGAUGCCUUAAAAACUAAUUAGCAAAAUAUAUUGUAAGAAUUUUGGUAAUAGGACGAUGAUGAUAAUGAUGGAAGAUAAUCUGUUCCUCAAAAAAAAGAAGAUUACAAGUAAAUUAUAAAUUCUUUAUAGAAUGACCAACAGUAGUUUGAGGAAAGUGAAGACUAUGAUGAAGAAGAUGAUGAAGAAGAAGAUAUAUAAGGAGAUUAUGAUAAAAGUCAAUAUUAUAUAGAUUAGACUUAGAUGAAUCAUACAGCCAAACCAAAAUACAAAUACUCAGAAGAUUAUUCUGAUCUAUAAGCAGAUUAAUUAGCUGCUUUAAACUUCUCUAACAAUAUGGAAAUAAACAAAUUAAGAAAUAAAAAUGGUAAAAAUAGAUUCAAAAAUGCAGUAGAAGCUACUUAAAAGAAGGAAAAACCUCAAUAGGAAUAAUCUUAAGAAAGAGAUCUUUGUUUGAUGAAAUAUCCAAGUGAAAAAGAUGCUAAUUUUGUUACUAAACAUAAAUUCUAGUCUGAUUUCUAAAGGAAUAAAAUAAUUAAUGAUCCUCAAUAUCAGUAAUAAAAUUAAUAGCAAUUAUUUUUAUCAUAAGUGCAAAAAACAUAAUAAGUUGGUACAAAUUCGUUACUCCACCCACAUUCUCAUAUUGUUUAUUGUAAACCAACUGAAAAUCUUGAAUAAGUCAAUAUAAAUCCACCAUCACUUCAAAAAUUCUCCAGCCACAUUUUACUAAGUAAUUCUGAUAACUUAAAAUUGACAUCUAAUGAUAAAAUCGUUAACGAUUAUCGCUUAUCUGGAAAUAAUGGAAACAAAUAAUACUAAAAUUUCCCUUUACUUAGCACAUCUGAUAAUGAAGGAAAAAUAAUAUAAUUUAAUUUACAAAAUUAAGGAUAGCACCAAACUAAUCCUUAUGCUCUCAGUGAUUAAGAUAGUUAUCAUUUAAAAGCCAAUCACAAUCAUUAAAUCAACUAAGCAGGUUAAAUGAAUAAUUAAAUUCAAAAUAAUUAAAUUACUUAAAAUAAUGAAAAUUUUCAAGCAAACGAGAGUGCUUCUGGAAUAGAAAACUCAUUUUAUUUUGUAGAGUCUAAAAUAAGAAAUUUUGAAGAAAGUAAAUAAUAAUUAAUAUAAAAUGAUAACUAGAGCUAAAAAAAAUUUUAUAGUGAUGCAGAAAUAUAUCAAAGCUAAAAUAAAAGCCAUCGCAAGACAAGUGAAGGCAACUAAAUAGAUUCUACAUAAAAUAAUUUAUAAAAUAAGGAAUAGUAGUAAGGAUAAAUUAAUAAAACUAAAGAUGUUGAAGUUGUUAAAUAUGAUAAGUUAGUAGUAAUUGAAAAUUAUAAGCAACAGAAAUGA